GAAGCGUUGUGGGUUGGAAUUUAUUUCCUGUUUCGUUUUGUGGCGUCUUGUUGUGGUUGAGGUGUUGGCUGGAAUUUUAACAAAUUGUGAAAAUGCAUACAAAUCUUUUGCCUAACAUAACGUAACAAGGAGAACUAUUAGCGCAAAUGAACUGAGGUCCUGCAUUGAAAUGAACUUGUGGUUUUACUGACGUGUCAUUCCCUUGAGUAUUGUUUCUUUGGUAACGCUCGAGAAAAUGCUCCGACAUGCAAAGGGCUAACCGUCCGAACUAUCAUUAUAUUUGGUAGAUAAUUUGGAAAAGAUGGCAACUAGUCGCAACUGGUCAGGCUCUACCAAAGAACACUCCAAUUUCGCUCGCCUAUGUCGCCUCUUAAUUGAUGGCGGAACACUGGUAGUAAAAGAUGUGUUUGAUUCCAUCCACCCUCCAAAAUCCUUACAAGGUAUUCUGCACAAUCCAUCGGUUCAUAAUACUCUGAAGCACUUGAGGAACAAAAGAGUACUCAACACACAUCAGUGGAAUAAGCUGUACCCUAGUAUAAAAUCUUCCGUUACAUCAUCAAGUUUUGACAUUACCCUGCUAAUAGUGCUACUGCGCAAUAUAUGUAGCCUAACGCCACCUGCAACGGGAUGGGAUAAGCCUCCUGUAGCUGCUGAUACAAGUAGGGAAGCUGAUUUGGCCCGCAUCAAGUUGUAUAGAAACGAACUAUAUGGACACAUCACAAGCACAUCCAUCAGUGACGGUGAUUAUGAGAAAUACUGGAACGAGAUUGAAGCUCUGCUGUCGAGACUAAGUGCAUCUCGUUAUCAAGAGGAUAUCAAGAGACUAAAAGUAGAAACAAUGGAGCCGGAGGACGAGAAGCACUUCGUUAAAGCUAUUGAAGAAUGGGAAAAAAUGGAGCAGACAAUAAUAUCAAAGCUGGAAGAGAUCAAAAACAUGCUGAAGUCGACUUUCAUUGCAGAUGAUUCGAGGUGUAAAGACUACACGAAGAAAUUGAAGUCAUCAAUAAACAACCAAACUGAUUUUCAGCCAGGACUGAAAAAAAAUAAGCGAAUCAGGACAGACGAUAUCUUUACCAACGUGACCAUUCGACGUGGCCAAAAACCACUUAAAAAACAACUACCAAAAGGAGGAAUUGGUAAAACAGGAAUAGUUGAUGAAGGCGAAGGCGAAGACGAUGGCAAAGACGACGAAGGCGACAAAAAAGCCCAAAAUAGUUCAGCCUAUGGUCAUAGCGUAUUAAAAAAAUGCUCCGAAUUAUUUACGUUUCCUGUCGAUAGCGAUGACCAAGUACACAAAACGUGUCCAAAAUCUAUUCUAGUGACAGGACAAGCAGGAAUUGGGAAAACGUUAUUUUGUCAGAAAUUGGUACGAGAUUGGGCAAACGAUAGACUAUUCGAGGAUGAAGAAAUGAGAACACAUCCUGAUUUUCAAUUUGUGUUUUUGUUGACAUUCCGCCAACUUAGCCUACUUGGGCAAGAAAAGUUUAGUUUGCUUGAGUUGCUGAAUCGUUCAAGUUUGUUAAACGAACAGUCGAAUAUGGACGAUGCGGUAUUUGAAAACCUUCUUCAGAAUCCAGAAAAAUUGCUGCUCAUUAUUGAUGGGUACGAUGAAUAUUUACAUGACGGGGAAGUCACAGGGGAUUCUGAAAUGAAAUACCCCAACAAUCCGAGAGAAAAAAUGCCUGUUUCUGUCGUUGUCGCUAAGUUACUGAAGGGGAAAAUGCUGCAAAAUUCUGUUGUGAUGAUCACCUCAAGACCUGGAAACAAAAUUCAUGAUCUGAGAGGAAACUUUGAUGUUCAAGUUGAGGUCACCGGGUUUUCUUCUCGGCAAGUUCUAGAGUUCGUUGAGAAGUAUUUUAAAGACAACGAAAGUAUGAAGAAAACAGUACUCAACCACUUUCAUCAGCACGAGGGUGUGCUUGAAUUUGUACACGUUCCGGUGAUAUGUUUGCUGAUGUGUUAUUUUCUGGAAUGGCACUUAAUUCAUUCAGAAACUCCUGUACAACUGCCAGUAACUAGAACUGAUCUGUAUCACGAAGUUACUAAAGUGUUCAUAAGAAAACACCAUCUUCACCUAAAGUACGCUAAGAAGGAACAGGCUGAAAGGGCCGUGGAGGAAACUUUGAGAGAGCUGGCUAAGUUGGCUGCCAAGCUGCUGGAGAAAAGGAAAUAUAUUUUUGAUGAAGAAGACUUGAGCCAGUUGAAAUUUGACAAGAAAGAAAUGGACAGCCUGAAAACAAGUGGAGUACUUUACUGUUGCCCUGGUACUAGGAAGUCCCCGUUCGCCGAGGUAUCACAUGAGUACGCUUUUAUUCACUUAACAGUCCAAGAAUAUCUCGCCGCCUAUUGUUUUGUAGAGAAAAGACAAAUACCAAAGAAUGGCAGAGACGUGGUAUUGCAGUUUAUGUCUGGACUUAUUGGAAUGAAAAGGGACGAAGAAUUGAUGGCAGAAUUAUUAAGUUCUAUGAUAUCAGAAGAAGGUAUCGAAGCACUAUUAAUCGCUAAUUGUCUUUACGAAUACAAAGACACGGAUGGCGUUAAGCGAUUCAUAAUUUAUCUUUUCGAUUUUUCUUGCAAUGCUGGUCUCUUUUCUUUCGAUAACAUUACUGAUGCAAAUUCUGUUAAUAGUGUAACAUUUGUGUUAGAUGUUAUAACAUCAUUGCACAAAGAACAACUUCAAUGUUCCCAGCCAUGUGAUACACAGCCUUUUAAUGUCGAGACAUUUUCUAUAAGUAAUUCAUUACUGACGGCGAUGGGAGUGAGGCGAAUUACAAGAUCUUUGACAAAUGUCUGGUGUACUGUGACUAGUCUUUACCUUUUGGAAUGUGACUUAAAAGAUGAUUGUGUUGGAGCAAUCGCUGAUUUAUUAGUAUCGGGGAAACUUUUCGACUUAAAUUUAAACUCUAAUCAUAUUACUGACGAAGGAGUACCCAGUAUUUCUAAAUCGUUGAAAAGCGAAAACUGCAAGCUCACACGUCUAAACCUUUGUGAAAACGAAAUCACUGACAAAGGAGUACCCAGUAUUUGUGAAUCGUUGACAAACGAAAACUGCAAGCUCGCCUUCUUAAACCUUGGUGAUAACGGAAUUACUGACAAAGGAGUACCCAAUAUUUCUGAAUCGUUGAUAAACAAAAACUGCAAGCUUACCAUCCUUUUCCUUUGUGGAAACGAAAUCACUGACAAAGGAGUACCCAGUAUUUGUGAAUCGUUGAUAAACGAAGACUGCAAGCUCACUUUCUUAAACCUUCAUGACAACCAAAUUACUGACGAAGGAGUAAUUAGCAUUUGUAAAUCGUUGACAAACGAAAACUGCAAGCUUACCAGCCUAUACCUAAGUGCAAAUAAAAUUACAGAUAAAGGGGUACACAGUAUUUGUAAAUCAUUGACAAACAGAAACUGCAAGCUUACCACCCUAUACCUUGGUGAGAAUAAAAUUACUGAUAAAGGGGUACACAGUAUUACUGAAUCGUUGAGAAGCGAAAACUGCAAGCUUACCAGCCUACACCUUGAUAAUUAUGGAAUUACUGACGAUGGAAUAAUCAGUAUUUGUGAAUGGUUGACAAAUGAAAACUGCAAGCUUACCAGCCUAAAUUUCAUGCGUUGCGAAUUUACUGACAAAGGAAUAACAAAUAUUUACCAGUCAGUAAUACACGAGAACUGUAAGCUUAGUGAGCUGUGGCUUAGUAUAAAUCGCAUUCCAGCCAGUGGAUUUAGUCUUGAAGGUCUUAUAAAAGAAAAGAAACCUCACUUUAAUUUGCAUUUGGCGUUUUAAGUGAUAACGAAAUUACUAAUAAAGGAACAAUCAGUAUUGGUAAAUCAGUUAUAUGCAUAAAGUCAUAGUAUAGUUAAUAGUUAAUCAUAGUUAAUCCCUAGCCCCUCUAUUAACUAUGAUCAUAGUAAUCCAAAUCUAAAGUAAGAAAUAUAAGUGUAAAAAGUAAAUUGGCGCUUUGGUAGUUAUAUAGGCAAAGUACCUAUGGGCUCAGUGUAGCCAUCGAUAUGGGGCUGGUCCGACUUAAUUCCGUAAACAGACUAAUUUUGGAGCAGGCGUUGAUACAUCAGAGCCUUGAACUCCCCGUACCGCGGGGCUCUUCCGUGAGGUUCUCUCCAAACACACACCACUACAUUCUCUCUCAUGUUGAUAUUUAUAGAGGGAGAACCCAGAAAAAGCCCUCUUGGCAAGGGGGAGACAAUACAUCAAACAAACUCAACUAAAUAUGAUCCAGUCUGAGCCAGGCCCUCGAAACCGGACCAGAGUGUUGAGAGGCGAGCGGUAAACCACUACGCGACCCAUGCCACCCAACUUUCCUAACCGGACCAUAUCCCAUAGUGGUGGCUACGAAGUGAAUCCUUAAUUUUGUAAGACAAUAAUCUUAAGAUUGAUAAAUAUAUUACAGUGAUACUAUAAUCAUA